GGGCGCACGGCGGCGGGCCCGGGCCGGGGCAAGGGACGAAAAAAGGAUCCCCCCCCCCCAGAAUGGCCAGCAGUCCUGGAAGUAAUGCAUCCCUCUCCUGUGAGAAAACCAUACUCUCAGAAAAUUGUCAAGCAAAGAAAUCGCAGUAUUCUGAAGAGGAGACUUUUUAUAUGAACUGCAGAGCAGCCUACCUAGCUGUUUUUAAAAGCAGCUUAGAAAAUAUUAAAUCAAAAGAACAACUCUGUUUAGUGCUUCAACAGGCUGGAAGAAAUCCAUCUCAGACGACGGUUAAUCAGUACUGGACUCCCCAGACCACCACACUGAAUUUUGAUGAUUUUUGUAAUAUCUUAAAAAAAGAAAAACCAGCUACAAAAACAGAACUGCUCAAAGCAUUUUUAAAAGUAGAUACAAAUAAUGAUGGAUAUAUUUUACACACUGAACUUUAUAAAAUUCUUACAAUGAGAGGUGAGAAGAUGACUGUAGAGGAAGUGAAUGCCAUCACUAAAUUGGCUGAUGUAAACAGCAAUGGCAAGUUUGAUUACAACAAGUUUUGUAAAUCAUAUAUGACAACCAAUGAGCAAUGUCGUAAGACUGCACUAGAGAAACUAGAAGUUGACAGUAGACUGAGACGUCAGCAGUUUGGAAGUCAAGUUGAAACCUCCUCUGAAAGGGCAACAACACCAAUAUCAAAACCAUCAUCAAGGACCACAAGGAAAACUGAUCACAAGCCAGCACCAAAGAGAGGUGACAACAGAACUUCUUCAAGGCCUUCAUCCGCCCAAAGUUGCAAAGCAUCCGUUUCUUCCACCAUCAGCAUGGGCACCAGCAGUAACACAAAUUCAGAGCUAAUUGAGUCAAACACAGUAAAGGAUUGGCAGUGUGCACAGUCUAAAGGAUGCUUCUUCUUAGAACAAGAUGGUGAAAUCAUUACUCAUAAAUAUAAGUUGUACUUACCUCAAAAGUCAACAGUAUAUAUCACCAUUAAACCUUUAAACCUUAGCCAGUUAGAAGGAAAAACUUCUCCAUGGUUAUCAGUGGACACAGCUUUGUAUGUUCUCAAGGAAAAUGAAAGCCAAGAAAACCUACAGCUUGUGAGCUUUACUGAAGCACGAAAUAAAGAGAUGUUUAUGUGGAAAGGUGAACUGGGACCUGGUAUUUACUGGCUAAUUCCAUUCACAACUGGCUGUAGGCUCAAGAAGAUAAAAAAGCAAAUUACUGGAGAAGCCAAACUGGUUUAUAGAGAUGAAGAUGGAGAGCUGGCCCUUACCAAAGAGUUCAAAGCAGCUUUAUCAGACAUAUUUGAAAUGAUUGAUUUAGAUGGAAAUGGCCUUCUGAGCCUGGAAGAAUACAAUUUCUUUGAGCUGAGGACUAGUGGCGAGAAAUGUGACGAGGAAGCCUGGACUGUAUGCAAGGAGAAUUUUGACACAAAGAAGAAUGAGCUAACAAGACAGGGAUUUAUGGAUUUGAAUCUCAUGGAGGCCAAUGACCGUGAAGGGGAUCCUAGUGACCUCUGGGUCACUUUACUGUCACUGGGCUACAAUAAAGCACUGGAAAUGACAGAGGCAUGCCCCUUUGUCAUUGACAUCUAUGCUGAAAAAUUCAAACCCAGAAUUAAAGCUGUUUAUCUGGAGGCAGGCAGCAGGCAACUUAACAGGGCAAUUUGCAAGUCUGUUGUUAACCAAGGAGAUGCCAAAGUACUGGAUAGUGGUGAAAGUAUAAUUGUCUAUACCUACAAAAGUGAUACACGGAUCACUUCUGUUAUUGAAAAUAAGUCUGAAAACAAAGUGGUUCUUCAUGUCAACAAUGAGCAGAGUAAGAACUGUGUAAAUAACAGGGGACUCAACAUUUUUGCUGUUGAAGUGGCACCAAAAUCCAUGAUGGUUUGUCAGCAUGUGAUGCCUUUGAAAGAGCAAGAAGAAUGGAUAUAUAAUUGUGUGCAUUCUCUCGUACCUUAAACACCAUGUUUAGAAAACAGUCCACUCUUGGAGCUACUAAAACAAGAACUAAAUCAGGAUUGCCCUGUGAUUAAUAGAUAAAUUGAUUAAUCUUGUCCAUUUCAGAACCAAAACUGAUACAGAUAAUUUAUUCUGUAUCUAUGCUUUGCUCCCAUGGUUUCAGCUAUUCAAGCCAAUGAACCACAAAGCCUGACUUCAAUCCUAUCCAGUCCCUCAGAUCUGACGGCCAGAUAUGGCUUUUUGUGACUGCAAAGCCUGCAGCCACACGCUCCCCCCUGCACUCUGCCGAUUUGAGGGAAUUAGAAAUAUAUAUGCUUUCCUUUGUUGGAGGGGAACACAGCCUUGAAACCCUAAAUCAGCUGGUAGGUUGAAAGGAAUAAUCAUCUGCAGAAAGAACACACACACACGCACACGCUUUUUACAUAAAAUGAAUCAUUUAUGUUUUGAAUGUAUCCCAGAGAACCAGCUUGCUACACUCUCUCUCACAUCCUUAGCUGGUCCUGGGCAUAAGGGUAGCAGUGGUAAUUGACAUGUAGUGGAAGUGCAAGUUAUUGUUUCUCAGCUGUGUCUCACAAAUGCCAAGGCUGGCACAGCCAACGGUCUUUCCUAUAGCUUGCUGUGCAGUCCCACAUGUGCAACUGUCUCUCCAUCCACCUGCUCUUUCCUUUUGGAUACCCCACCACUAUCUCAAACUCCUCAUGUCAAAAACUGACCUUCUCUCUCUCCUCUUUGCCACCAUUGACAACUUCACUCCAUCCAUGUCACGCCACUUCUAAUUUUGAUGUCAGUUUUGACUCCUCUCCUUUAUAUCCAGGUUUUUGGCAAACCCAGUUUCUUCUUCCUCUAUAUCUCUAAAAUCUGUCCCUUCCUCUCUGUCACUGACACUGUGUUAAAAAUCUGACCUGUUAUCUUUUACCCUGAUUAAUGUAACUUCCACCUCCAGGCUUCUCUCCUCUGUACUCUAUCCAGAAUCCUGCAACUAAAAUCUUCCUCUCUCUUGAGCUAACACUCCCUUGAAUCCCUUCACUGGCUUUCACACGUUACCCAGUCAGACUCCCUGCACUCCACUUUCAGUGCUGUGCUUCUCCACUCCUGCCUUCGUCUCUGCUCUGAUUCCCAUCUGCACCCCUUUCACACACUCUGCUCAGUCCUUUCUUCUUUGAGCCUCCUCGUCUCCUUCUUCCCAUAUUGACUUCAUGCCUUUUUUUUCGCAUUUCAGUCCGUGUACGACCACACUACAAAGACUAUACCAACAUAGUGGUGUAGCCGUAUCUAUGCCAAUAUAACCCUGUAGUGUAGAUACAGCUUACACUAACAGAAGGGAUUUUUCCAUCCAAACUCCAACUCCCCAAAUGACGGUAGCUACAUCAAUGGAAGCACUCUUCUGUCAGCAUAACUGUGUCUACACUUUGGGGUUAGGCCCUUCUUCCUCCAUGGCCUCUGACAGACUCUCUUUAUUAUGAAGAAUGUUUGCUUUCCUAACAGAACAAAUGCUUAGUUACCCCUAUGCAGUCUCUUUCUGAAAAAUUACUAGUGUGCAGAGUGAGCCCUACUAGAGGAAUGUUGAAUUUGCUAUAGAAUUAUUUAAUCCUGUGUAUUCCUUUUUCACUUUCACCACUUCAACCCUCUUGUCUUUAUUUUGCAGCUGGCCAGCAUAGCUAUGUUGAGCUACCUUGUAAGCGUAGACCAGGCUGUAUUUCAUCUAGCUUCCGCUUUCCUGUGUGCCACAUACCAUCCCUUUGCUCCUCCUUAUGCUGACCUCUUCCCACCCACACCUGAUCCUUAGCUGUUUGCAUUGUGUUUAAUUGACAUGAUCAGAAACUUCUUGAGGCAGGUCCUUAUUUUCCUACACGGCUGUAAAACGUCACUGGCACCACAAUCAUAAUAAUGCGUAUUUCCAUUUCCAUGGGUGCGGUACACUUUACAAUUAAAAUAUGAAGCCUUUUUACAUUUGUGACAUUGUUUCUCUACUUUUGGUGUGUGUCUGUAAAGCAGAUUCCAUGCUCCAAAUACUGCUGUACCCAGUAAUAAGGGAAGAUUGCAAUAUAUCUUUUAUAAAAUAUUGCUGCCAAGGCACUGCAUUCAGUUGAUUUCAUCUGCCUUAGUAGUUACGCUUGGAAAUAUUGAAACGGAGCCAUCCCUUAUAAUUACAGUAUUGUGUUUCUACAAAGACUGGAUUCUGUAAAUCCGGUAGUGCAAUUUGAAAAUCGGUGCUGUAUUUCCAUCUGUUUGUAAACGCUUCCCUGAGGAAGAGCUUGCUAUCUCAAUUGGGCCUAGGGGCUCUUGCGGUUUAAUAUACACAUUUGUGGGUUUGAUUAUGUGUGGGACUGUUAUCUUAGGUCUGGUCUACACUACAGACCUAUGUUGGUACAACUACAUUGUUGGGUGUGAAGAAUCCACAUCCCUGAGCGACAUAGUUAUACCAACCUUGACCCCCCCUGUAGACAGCGCUAGGUUGAUGGGAAAGCUUCUCCCACUGACACACCACUCUUAGGGAGGUGGAUUAACUAUGUCGAUGGAAGAGCUCUCUCCCAUUGGCGUAAGAGCAUCUUCACUUAAGUGCUACAAUGGCGCAGCUGCACCGAUGCAGCAUUUUAAGUGUAGACCUGCCCUGUGUCUUGGAACUAUUAAGAGUGGGGGCUCUUGGUUUUAUUUUUCCAAUCUAUCAGUGAUUUGAUUUUUUCCCCUUUAGUGUUUGUUGCUGUUAGUACUUAACUUACACUUGCUCUGCUUGAUUAAGCCACUGCUUGUUUUUUUUAUUCCUUUACAUUUUUUAAAAAAAUCUGGGUCUAAAGUGUCAUAGUCAAGCUCCACCUGCUGGACACUUACGAAACUGUUGAAUUUGGGGCCCAACUUACUGGAUCAGUGUGAUUUUAAGCCCCCCUUUGUCACUGAGUAAACUCCAGCCACUGUCUCUCACUCAGGGCCGGCUCUGACUUUUUUCAGGGCGGCCGGACCCGGCGGCAAAGCAAAACAAAAAACCCUGGGUGCAGGGAGGCCAGACCCAGAGGCAAAGCAAAAAAAUAAAAUAAACCCCAGGGUGCAGGGCGGCCGGACCCAGAGGCAAAGCAAAAAAAUAAAAUAAACCCCAGGGCGGCCGGACCCGGAGGCAAAGCAAAAAACUUGGUCAGCCAUGCUGCCCUAAGAUUGGACGCAAUGCCGCCCCUUAGAAUCUGCCGCCCCAAGCACGAGCUUGCUUGGCUGGAGCCUGGAGCCAGCCCUGCUCUCACUUCAGGCUCUUUGGCACACUUCCUGGGUGUAGACUCUUUGAUAUCCCUUCUGGAAGUGGAAUCACAUAGCUCAGCUACUGUAGGCCCUCAAGACCAGGCCAGACCCCCGAAGACACCCCAGUAGCUUAAAAACAGCCACUCCCAGAGAUCCCUCCUUGUGAAUACUCUGAUUUAUAGUUUACCUCUUCAGGGGCACAUGGUAGUUGAAGUAAAUAGGCACAGACUUUGCAUAGGGUUUCUAAAAUAAUAACUGUUAAUUCAAACAGCAUACGAGAUAUACAGAUUUAAGCAAAAUAUUCCUUGCCUCAGUGUCCUCACCACUCUUGAGUGUUUUUCAGGAUUUGAGUCCGUUUCCUUCCAGGGUUCCAGGCCUCCUCAUCAUUAGUCCUCCAGGUCUGGCAUCUCUUCCAAAUCAUUGAGUCUUUCUCUCUGUUCCCUGCAGUCAGUGACAGAGUCCUUCACCUCUGGCUGGCUGCAGUCAAAAAGGUUCCCUCACUCAUGAUACAUGCCCCUUUGUCCCUUUCUCUUGAACUUCUCCACCUUUGCAUUUUUAAACACCUGCACUAACAUCUGAUCUCUUUGUUCCCUUUCUGGGGAUUUUCCAUUCCUCCAAAUCCCCCUCCCAGCAGACCACCUGUAAUGAUGACUGCAUUCUUCCAGUUUAGGCACCCUCCACUUUACCACACUCAUUUUUCUGCCAGUCAUUAACAACUUAUUUUGUUUGUUCUGUAGCUUCUUCCAGACAGGGAGUGUGAUGAUACAUGAUAGGCCCUUAUCAGCCUUUGUCUGAUUUGCUAUGUGUAGCGGAUUGGAGUUAUCCAUAGAGUUCACAAAAUCAUCCAGAAUUCAUAAGUUGUACAGAGACAGGUCCCCCAGAUUGUCACAUAAGGUCAUAAGGAAAUAAGCCGUGUAAAAAAGAUGACGGCUUUGCUUUGGGUUCUUAGCUGCUGACUUUAACCAAUUAUCUUCAGGGUGAGCUGGAAUAAAGAAGCUGGAUGUAACAUCCAGAAACAAGCUGAAACAGAAAUUACACACUUUGUCUAUUGCAGUUUUUAUAGUUAUGCUAAGUGUCAACAUAAAGAACUGUGACACCAGUGACUGGCUUCUUAAAAGGCGUCUGUUUAAAUAAGUAUUAAAUUUAUGUGACCUUG